AUUUUUCAUUUUCCUUUUUCAGGUGGAACUGUGUCACUUCCAAAAGCAAAUGCCAAUAAUCGUGUAUCUUUACUCGUCACUUGGGUAUUUGUUGUGGCAUCCCCAGAGGAUGAGGUCGUCCGGUAUGCGACUGACCUGCCGGUGAAUUCUAAACCCCCCUCAGAAUUCCAUCGUUGUAUGCUUCCUCUCAUGUGCUUCCUCCCCUGAAAAGACCUCUCGGUUUCUAUUUGACCUAAGCCCAACACUUUCGUCCAAUUCCACCGCCAAGUAGAUCAAAUACUCGAUCUCGCUAUGAAGCUUCACCAUAUCUCGCUCGCCCUGGUCGGGUUCCUGGGCACGGCUGCUGCCCAGGGGAUGAAUGGUCUUCCUGAUUGCGCGAAAGAAUGUGCCACCGGUUCCAUCCCCGACACCUGUUCCAUGAUCGAUAUCAAGUGCAUCUGCUCCACCAAGUCGUUCCUCACCGAUAUCUCCUGCUGCGUCGCAACCAAAUGCUCAGAGGACAAGCAAAAAGAAACCAUCGAAUUCGCCCACAAGAUCUGCAGCGGUGCUGGCGUGAACGAUCUCCCCCAGAGUGCGAGCUGCGCCAGUGAAAGCUCCACUUCCACCAAAACGUCAUCCGAGUCCACGACCCAGUCGGCCACUUCUACCGGUGUGACUGGCGCCUCGAGCCCGUCAGCGACGGAUGCCGAAGGUUCGAGCACGGAUUCAUUGCCAACCGCGUCCAAAUCACCCGAUAGCGGUCGUUCGGCGUCGUCUCCUACUUCGAGUACCGACGCUGCCGCUGUUGUUCAAAGCCAGGGCAUGGGUCUUUUCGCGGCUGCCGGUGCUGCCCUCUUCGCGUUCCUGGCAUAACUGAAGGCUAAGACACUGGCGUACGCUUCAUUUGAGGGACGUCCGCAUACUGAGCGUACUGUGAUGCGACCUUAACCAGGCGAAUGGUGCAAGAUGGCUCCACGAAUUUUAUGGUCUUGAUCUCUAUCGAAAAUAGUUAAUGUGUAUAUCCUUUUGCGCCGUACUGGGUGCGUCUGUUAUAUAUCCAUGGUGUAGCCGAAGCUCGCGAGGUAUCCACUUUUUAUUGCGGCAUAGCAUACUGUAGCAACUAUCUGCUCAUGCUCUAGGUGGCAUCAACGGCCCAACAUGCGCAUGAACAAGAUAGCAUCAAGGUAGAUACUCAAGGGAUCAACUAAUCCGCCCU